GGCGGCGUUGGUUUUCCGGGGCAUGCUGGGGCGCGUAGUCCUGUCCGCGUGAGGAAAAAGGGGAGCUUUCGGGCGUGGAGGCGGCGGCGGCGGCGGCGGCAUGGAGGCCCCCGCGCGGCCCUGGAGCCCCGAGGAGCUGCGGAGCGAGGCGCUGCCCAAGAGGGAGAUCGUCCGCUUCCUCCAGGAACAGGCCGCGCAUCGGUUCCUCUCCGAACACAAACUGCUGGGGCAGAUAAAAAACGUGGCUAAGACUGCCAGCAAGGAUCAGUUAAUCACAGCCUAUAACCUGCUCUUUGCCACCAAGAGCUUUAAAGGCACCGAGAGCCCUGAGGAGUUGGCAGAACAGGUGAAAUAUGUCAAGAUUGAUGAAGGCAAGGCAAAAGAAGCCAAGCAGGAGGAAGCUGUUGAUGAGGGUCCUCCAAAAUACACCAAGGCCAUUCUGAAAAAGGGAGAUAAAAUCAACUUUCCAAAAAAGGGUGACAUUGUUCACUGCUGGUACACAGGGAAGUUGGAAGAUGGAACAGUCUUCGAUAGCAAUAUUCAGACAAGUGCAAAGAAAAAGAAAGCUGCAAAACCUCUGAGCUUUAGAGUCGGAGUCGGUAAAGUCAUCCGUGGUUGGGAUGAAGCCUUGCUGACGAUGAGCAAAGGAGAGAAGGCUAGCUUGGAAAUCGAACCGGAAUGGGCUUACGGGAAGAAAGGGCAGCCAGAUGCCAAGAUCCCACCCAACGCAAAACUCUUCUUUGAAGUUGAGCUGGUGGACAUUGAGUGAGGGACUGUGGCUCUCUUCAGCCCUGGCGAACGGUGAAGACGCCAGAGUCCAGCAAAGACAAAAGUGGCCUUGUGGGCUUAUAGCUGGGGGGUGGGGAGGGGAGGGGGUUUCUUGC